AUGAGCGUCGAUAAGUCUAUCACUGCGCCAAAAAUCUAGGAAAAUCAAUUCUCUUAGGAAUAUAUAUAAUUUUAGGUUAAGUAAAUUAAAAAAUAAAGAGCCUAUGAAUAGAAGGUUGUAUAGUACUAGCAGAAUCCUGAUCUAUUAGUGUAGCAGUACAAGGAAUAACUUAUUUAGAUUAUGCUUGGACCUGAUUAAUCUUCUAAACGAUAAAGUCUUAUUAAAAAACCAUACUAGCAGAAUGACCCUUAUAACUUACAGUAGAAGUUAAUAGUAAGAAGAUAGAGAAAGCGGAAUGAUAUCUCAGCGGAUAAUAUAGAUCAGAGUGACUCAGUAUCAUAGGCAAAGAGCCACAAUAAUCUGCUUACACAUGUGGCAAGUGAUAUAACCCUGUUUCCAGAGAAUGAAAAUAUCCAAUAAUAAUAAUAGUAAUCUGAAAGUAAAUUUAAGAGUAAACCUUUUAAAGAUCUGAAAACGAUUUAGCACUAAAGAGAUAAAACACCAUUGCUGCUUCUAAAGGACAACUCAAAUAAAUCCUUCGCCACAAGCAAUUCAAGAGCUGUUAUAUUCAAGCAAGCAAAUAAUAGCACACUAGAGAACAAAAAGCACACAAGAAUUAAUCUCAAUCAAUCAAUAAUUUCUUAAGAUGGUGUUUUAUCAGAGAAAAACACAGAAGCUUAAGAAAAUAAAGCUUAGGUUAGGAAUAUCAUCUUGAAACUAUUGAAUAUAGAGGGCUCAGGCAAGCAUCAAGAGCAAGAACUUAAAAAGGAAGUUAUCGGAUAUCAAUAGUAUCUUGAUAAGUACAAAAGCUAUUUGGAAUUUAAAGAGUAUAAUUAGUAUGCAGAGAAGGAUAAGUAGUUUGAAAGAGAAAAGACCCCCAUAAUCAAUAACAGAGGAGAAUAUCUCGACAAGAUUGAUUCACGAGCUAAUCUUAUUCUCAAGAAGUAUAACUAGAAUUCUUCUUUUAAGAGUGAAAAUUCUAUUGACAGUUAGUAACAGUAGUAAAAGUAAAGUCAAAAGAGUCCAUUAAAAGCAAAUAACUCUUUGCUAUUUCAAGAUAAGAGUAUCCAGUAGCUACUUACCAUUAAGGAAGAACCUUAGAAAAAGGCUAUCGAGUUAAAUAUUGCAUAAGCAACCCCAAGAGUUAAAAAGCAUUAGGCUAAUCUAAGCUUUGACAUUUAGCAGCCCAAGACAACUCAUGUGAACAAUAAUAAAUUUUCCAAAUACUCCCUCCUGCCAUUGAAACAUCAAAUUUAAAAAAGUGAGAAUUCCCCAGUCUCCCGCAAUGAUAUAAGUCAGACCGAUGCUGGCUUGAAUAAGACAGAGAUAGUUCCUCCAAUUGAUAAAGUCUAACUAAAGCAGUUUGUGAAUGAAUUCGUAUCAGAUAAACUUAACGUGCUUCGAGUAAGGAGAUAGAUUUUUAGAAAGAGAAAUGGAAGCCCCAAGAUAUACCAUGAGGAAAUGUACAAUUCCAAUUACUGGCAAGAAAACCCUUAUCAUGGAUUUCGAUAGUUUCAGGAGUAGUUAUAAGAUUUAAGACAAGAUUAUCACAAUUCUAAGUUAGAGUUGUCUUGCGAUGUUAUUAGGAAGGCUAAAAAGUUAAAGUAUCAUAAAGUAGCUAUUUCUUGA